CUUAUCUAAGCCAGCAGCACGUUGCUUGUCGCUGACUAAUAACAAAUAUCAUUGUCUUACAGCUAACAGGGGAACAAAGCUGUUUACACGCGCGCGUCCCGUCCCAUAUAAAAGGGCUCAGCGCUGACAGGGAGCCAGAGAGCCAAAAGCUCCUGAGGUGAAGCCAGCAUUACUGCGCGCACUCGCCCCGUCACAAGAUCACCUGUACGUCUUGGAGCUUUUAUUUGAUCAUAAAAUGGAAGUAUUCUUUUGUCUUUCCUUGGUAUUUGCGACCUCAUCCCUUCAGGAAGCAGUGGCUGCAGUUAUCUCCACCCGUGUCCCUCAGGAAACCCCUGUCCACCUGCAGAGGUCCAAACGCUGCUCGUGUUCUUCGCUACUAGACAAGGAGUGUGUUUACUUCUGCCAUUUGGACAUCAUCUGGGUCAACACGCCUGAACACACUGUCUCAUACGGACUUGGCAGUCCUCCAAGAAACAAGCGCUCUCUGCACAGAUUUGCUGCGGACAAGCUCGAAUCAAGAUGCCUGUGUGCUAACCCGGCAGACCGACGGUGUUCAAGUUUUUGUCAGCCUCCUCAGCAGUUCAGGAUACCGGCGUCACCAGACGACAUGACAGAUAUGUCUAGAGAACAAGCAGGCAGCACAGGAAAGCAGCAUAAAUACAGAUCUUCAGCUGGCUUCAGCAAAAACACAAGCUUUAAAUCUAGAAGUCACUCCAGUCCUUCCACAAAUGUCACAAACAGCACACUGAAAGUGCGCCUGCUGCUGGAAAAGUGGCGGAGAAAUCAGCGCAACCGAUCAAAAAUGAGGGAAAGUUUAUUAGCAGCCUCUUAAACGGAGUGUGGCACCCCAGGAUUUGGCCUCAGGCUUCACCCAAAGUAGUGCUGCAGGCUGCUGUGGACUUCUCUGUUGGAAGGGGCAUUGACAUCUUUUCUUUUUUGCUGUGGUUCAUAGCCAUGGAGAUGUGCAACUGGUGGAUAUCACAUAUUCAUGCUGCACGUUGGGAAUAUGUUGGAGUGCUCCAAAGGACAAGGGGGUCGGGGGACAGCACUUUUUAUAGCUUAAACACUAAGUGAGAAGCGGGCAGCUGCUUGAGGAGAAAGAAAAUGAAAUUGAGUCAAAAAGAUGAAUUCAGCUUUUAUGAUGCACUCUGGGACCCUGGCUUAGCUGAGCUUGUAAACGGCUGCAGCUAUUGGGAUGGAGGCACUCGGCUGAUGGUGCACAAGGUGAAGAACCCCCUUGGAAACAUUAUUGUUGUCUUGUUAUAUAUAUAAGCAUAUAUAAACAUAUAUAUAUUAAGAUAACACAUCUACCUCUUUAGCACUUAUCUACGUCUAAGUGCCUUUGAUAGCCUUAAGGUUUCUGUAGCUUGGCCAUCUGCCUAGUCCUUUGCUGAAUUGCAAGACAAUGGAUUUAUCCAACGAUGGCAUAGGAAAACAAAA